GGCGGAGUCUUACUGUCCAUCGACCUACGACAAGCGUUCGACGUAAUGCCGCGAUCAAGGCUGAAAGAGGCCAUGGCCUUGGCCCACGUGGACCCAGCCGCUCAGCACGUCAUAUUGCAGCUUCAUGCACAUGCCUGCUUUAGGAUGACGCAUGGUAAUCAGGUAGCCUCGCUUGAUACAGCUAAUGGAGUGCGUCAGGGAUGCUGUUUAGCUCCUUCCUUGUGGGUUCUAUACACAGGCCUCAUACUUACCUACAUUAGAAAGCAGGUAGACAUGGCUGACUCCACAGUUUUCGCCGAUGACUUUCUGUUCCAUUGGUUGGUUGAUGGAGUUGAUCAGCUCGAACAGGCCCUUAAGCAUAUCACCUUUGUCCUGGAAACCCUGGAAUCUUUUGGCAUGGCCACCAGCCCGGGCAAAUCCGCGGUGCUCAUUGGGCUCCGUGGUUCCAAAGCAGGCGCUGUUCUUAGCUAUCAAUCCAUGGAAGCCCUCACCCUCAAAGAGCGCAUACGCCAGUCCUGGAGUUCUUUUCACCGCAUUCUGCCAGCCCUUCGCUCGAAUAGUGUCGCGCUGCAGCGUCGGGUCUCGGUCUGGCAGAGCUGCGUCCUCUCUACAUUGAUGCAUGGACUGGACAGUGUUGGAUUGGCCCCAGGAGGAUCGACUUUACUGUACAAGCAUGUUGUACGCCAACUGAGGCUUGUUAGCAAGGCCCCCUCUCACAUCACACAUGAAGACCCUGCGGCUCUGCUGACCAGACUCCGAGUUGACGAUCCAAGUGAGACCCUGCGUCUCAGAGUGCAGCGCCUCCUCAUCCGACUGCGCGCUUCUUACACUGUGCCUGAGGAAGUUUGCACUCCAGCUACCGUUCACACGGGCGCCUGCACUCUAGGUCAUGGAGGCACACAUGAAGGACGCCCGCCACCAGGAGAUUCAGGAUGCGAUCCAGGCCAGGGCAGCACUGGACCGAGCACACCAGCUGCAGCACCGAAAGAAGCGAGAGCUGUGCCGGUACCGGAAUCAGAGCCGGAGCCCAUGGACGCCCAGAGAGACAAGCGAGCAGCGGAGAGCGCCAACCCGGCGGGCGGGCAAUGGCCACCAGGAGAAGUGGCCCAAGCCCUCCGCCAAAGGAAAUGCCAGGACAUCCCACGAUGGCUGGCAGCGGGAUCACAGCUCUCAGGCCUCCAGGGACUGGCCGAGCCGCCAAGAACGCUCGGAUCGCAACUGGAGGAGCGACUCGGACAGGGAUCGCGACAAGGACAAGGCCAUCCUGAACCUUUGCCUGAGCAUGGGCAAGUUGCUCCUGCGCCACGAGGACCAGUUUGGCAUCUAUCGUUCCCAGGACAAUUACGUAAUGUUCGCCCAAUGCCAGGGCAUGCUGUUGAUGGUCCCGGAGCUCUAUGUCGCGGCGGAAGCAUGGAAAACCAUGAAGAAGGAGACCCCUGCCCUCCUCAGCCUGCCCCUCCGGGCGUGGCUGCUGAAGCACUGGGUGGACUUGAUGCUCACAAGGGCCAUGCAGACCCUGGUGAUCCAGCCAGUGACGGUCAUGAGGUUUCAUGCAACCAGGGAGCUCUGCCAGGACAUGAAGUCGGAGGUGGUGCCUCUACUACUGCAGGUCGGCUCAAGGACAGCCGAAGGGCACCAACUUUGGAACGAGCCACAGUGCUGCCUGCAGAGUGA